UCCCCCCUGAACGCCAUUUUUACGUUACGAAAAUCACGAGAAUUUGCUAUUUGUUGUUAAAUCGUUUGAUCUUUUAAAUAUUUUAUUACCAGUGAAUUUCCAUUUUGAUCGUUGAAUUUGUAAUCGGAUGCUUGUAAGCUUCAUUGUUACUGGUCCCGAGAUCAAUACCAAGUUGUCAAAAUGAGUGAUUCACCUGAUCAGCCUGAGCCUCCAAAGGAUCCGAAAGAGUUAGAAAAAUUGGAGGAAGCAAAGUUAAAGGCAAAGUUCCCAAAUGCUAUGCUGGGACGGGGGCCUGGGGGACACUCAGCAUUCCUGCAGAAGAGACUAGCCAAGGGGCAAAAAUUCUUCGAUUCCGGCGACUAUCAAAUGGCGAAGCAACGGCCGGGUAACUUAGCGCAGCCGUUCAAGGCGCCAGCUGCUCCCGCCAAGCUGCCGACCGGCGACGCCAUCCCCACGCCCGAGACCGUCCCGCUGCGCAAGACUUCCAUCAUCCAGCCCAAGUUCCAGGCGCCCAGCCAGACCUCCUAGCCCACGAUGCCCGUUGUUGACAUAAGGCCGUGUCACUAACUAUUCCACAAGGCCUGCACAAUGCCCUCUUCUACAAUCAUUAUCAAUAGGCUUCACUAAGCAAACAGAGUGCCAUGUGGCUUUGCCAUUCUCUGAAAAUGUAGUUGCAUAUUGUAUGCAUUGUCCCAGUAAAAGCUCCAUUUAAAAUAUUAACAUUUUCAUUUUAUCCACAUGCUGUUUCCAUAGUGAGGCCUACUACAGACAAGUCACUAAAAUUUAUGAGAAGGGCAUUAUAGAAUUACAUGGCUUUCAAGUCCAUACAUUUUAUUCACUUACCUGUGUAAUUGAUUGAAGAAAAGUGUCAUUGUCUUUUGGGCACAUUUUUAUUUUGCUAGUAACGCGUCGCACUUACGCAUCGCUUUUAAUUUUAUGAAUGUUCACUAAUAAUAUAGUUGCAUUAUUUCAUUUCUAAUCAAUCACAUAACAUUUUUCCUAGCACCUUGAUGGUUUAAUAUCAACAUUGUGAUUCGUAAUUAGUCUGUGUUGAAAUUGAAAACAUAACUUUUAUAAGAACAACUGUUAUAUUGAUGUAUAAUAAAUAAAUUAGGUUAUAGUUGUGUGUUA